AUGGCUAGUCAGCGAAAGUCGCACGUCUUCCGGGUGACGGGUUUCUCUAGGGAUCGACCUGAUCCAGAUCUCCACACCGCAUUACAGAAGGCGCUCGACGACAAUUUCACCGACGAUGAGAGAUUGCAAAUCCAGGCUGAGAUCUUAAUCGCGCCAUCUUGCUAUGAAUCUGACAGUGAGAGAAUAGCGCUGGUGCAGUUUCGUGGUGGAGUGCCUCGGUUCCUCGGUGAGCUGCGAGUCGACCCUCUCGGAGACUGGCAGGUCGAGAUGGAUGACUGUGACAUCAACUUUGACUGCCAUUUCUUCGGGUUUACCCAACUGUACGCGCUGGAUGAAAACGAACCGGUGAUUGCAGAUAUCAUCGCUAUUGCGGGAUUAGAUGGACACGCAUAUGGAUCGUGGCAGGGAAGGGGGAAUCUCGGUCGAAUGUGGCUUCGCGAUUUCCUAUCAAAGGACCUACCUCGAUGUCGCACGAUGAUCUAUGGGUACAACUCCAAGCUCUCGAGUCAUGGGGUGGACACGAUCCUUGACUACGGGCGAGAGUUGAUGGAGGAGAUCAAGAAGAUCCGGGAUACCAAGGAGCUGCAACAACGACCGCUUUUCUUCAUCGCACACAGCUUCGGAGGCAUUAUUUUGGCUCAUUGCCUGGUCCGGGCCAUCCAGACCAUGGAGGACGACCACCCAGCCAUCACAUCGCUGUAUCGGGCCACGUACGGCAUGAUCCUCUUUGCCAUCCCGCACAGGGGCCUCCUCGUGAGCGAUAUCCAGCAGAUGCUAGCUGGGGAUAAGAGCCAUCCGCGCGAGAGAUUACUGCAGCAGAUCUCCAGCCAAUCAGACCUACUGAUCCACCAGCUGGCGGAUUUCAAGAAUCUGAUCCGAGACCGCAAGGUGGUCAGCUUCUACGAGACGGAGCAGACGAGGCAGUUGGUCUUUAACUCGGAUCACGGACGAUGGGAACGCACGGGGGAUUUCAUCACGACGGUGGAUGCAGACUCGGCGCUUCUCCAGCUUCCCGACCAUGUGGAGGACAAGGUGCCACUGCAUGCUGAUCACUCGAUGAUCGUAAAAUUCAACAAUCGCAACGCGGCUGGGUAUCGAACGACGCUCGAUAAACUGCGACAGUUCGCCCAAGACGCCCCACCGGUGGUGGCGGCUCGAUUUGUGCAGGCACGUAACCGACCCCAGCCAUGCUCUACGGUACCGUUCAAGAAGGACCCGAUGUUCGUGGGGCGUGAGAAUACUCUCGAAGACAUCAAGACGUGGCAUCAAGCGAUCGGUCAGCGCCACGAACGGAUGGCAUUGGUAGGGUUGGCCGGGGUGGGCAAAACCCAGACAGCCAUCGAGUAUGCCGACCGCGUGCGAGCAUCCGCACCGGACAUGUGGGUGUUCUGGAUUCACGCCAGCAAUGCGGCGCGAGUGGAGCAAGGCUACCAGCAGAUUGCGGCCGUGGCCGAGAUCCCAGGACGCGACGACCCCAAGACGAACACCCUGCAGCUCGUCUAUCGGUGGUUGUGUGAUGAGAGCCAUGGCCGCUGGCUGAUGGUGCUGGAUAAUGCGGAUAACGACCAGAUCUUUUUCCGUAGCGACGACGUGGACGGACGAGCCCCACUGGUGAGCUUCCUGCCCCAGGCCACCCACGGAUCGGUCCUGGUCACAUCGCGAAAUAGUCUGGCGGCACGGAAUCUGGUCGGGACCGACGGUCUUGUCAUUGACCUCCCGCCCAUGAACGAAGAUGAAUCGCUCGCGUUGCUGCGGGCGAGGAUCCCGGACAGCCCAUCGCCGGCCGAGGAUGAAACGGCGCUCGUCCAGGCCUUAGAGUAUAUCCCACUAGCGAUCACGCAGGCGGCGGCGUAUAUUGCCACCCGGUCGCCCCUGAUUACCGCAUCGGCAUACCUUCGGCUGUUCCAUGAGAGCGAGCCGAAGCGGAUCCGGCUUCUUCAGAAUGAGGAUUCCACGGAUCUGCGGCGCGAUCCCAGCGUUCGGUAUGCAGUGAUCACGACGUGGCAGCUGUCGUUCGAAGAGAUCCAGCGGUCGCGGCCAGCGGCGACGGAUCUCCUGGCGCUGAUGAGUAUGUUUGAUCGGCAGGGGGUCCCGGAAGACCUGGUGCGCGACGAGGGCCAAGAUAUCCUCGACUUUCACGAUGCAUUGACGCCGCUGAUCAGCUAUUCCCUGAUCCGGGUGGAACAGGACGAACGGCUUUUUGAUAUGCACCGGCUAGUGCAGUUAUCGGUCCGAGCGUGGCUGGAGACGCACCAGCAGCUCCGCGGCUGGCAGGCUAAAUCACGGAAGGUCAUGGCACGGGUGUUCCCCAAUGGCAAUUAUGAAAACUGGACACGAUGUCGAUCACUCCUUGCGCAUGCCAGAAGUGUGCUGGAGGCUACGGGUGACAUUGAUGACGGAGAUCAACUCCACGCCGCCACAGUUCAAUAUAAUCUUGGGUGGUACUUAGACCUCCAAGGAAGAUAUGACGAGGCGGAAGCGAUGUAUCGACGGGCACUAGAAGCACGAGAGAACGUGCUUGGACGUGAGCAUCCCGACACGCUCACCAGUGUCAAUAACCUUGGAUUAGUGUUCUCCAGCCAAGGGAAAUAUGACGAGGCGGAAGUGAUGCAUCGACGGGUACUAGAAGGAUAUGAGAAGGUGCUUGGACAUGAGCAUUCAUACACGCUCACCAGUGUCGACAACCUUGGCAUAGUGCUCUCCAGCCAAGGGAAAUAUGACGAGGCGGAAGCGAUGCAUCGACGGGCACUAGAAGGAUAUGAGAAGGUGCUUGGACGCGAGCAUCCUGACACGCUCACCAGUGUCAGUAAUCUUGGCCAUGUGCUCUCCGAGCAAGGGAAAUAUGACGAGGCGGAAGCGAUGCAUCGACGGGUACUAGAAGCACGAGAGAAGGUGCUUGGACGCGAGCAUCCUGACACGCUCACCAGUGUCAACAACCUUGGCAAUGUGCUCUCCAGCCAAGGGAAAUAUGACGAGGCGGAAGCGAUGCAUCGACGAGCACUAGAAGCACGUGAGAAGGUACUUGGCCGUGAGCAUCCAUACACGCUCACCAGUGUCAACAACCUUGGCUAUGUGCUCUCCAGGCAAGGGAAAUAUGAGGAGGCGGAAGCGAUGCAUCGACGGGCACUAGAAGGAUAUGAGAAGGUGCUUGGACAUGAGCAUCCAUACACGCUUAUUAGUGUCAGUAAUCUUGGCUUAGUGCUCUCCAACCAAGGGAAAUAUAACGAGGCGGAAGCGAUGCAUCGACGGGAUCUAGAAGGAAGUGAGAAGGUGCUUGGACAUGAGCAUCCCGACACGCUCACCAGUGUCAACAACCUUGGCAAUGUGCUCUCCAGCCAAGGGAAAUAUGAUGAGGCGGAAGUGGACAUUACACAUGAGAAGUGCUUGGUCCAGAACACUCCGACACGCUCGCUACCAUUGAUACAUAGACUUACUCGCUUUUUUAACCAACGAAAGCGUAGAUAG